AUGAACGCUUAUCGUCAACAAAAAGAACUAUUUGCCAGUAAUUUAAAUGACACAAAUCUUUAUGAAACAAGUUCUGUAAUUAUAAUAUUGACAGUUUCUCAAUAUUUAAUUUAUUUUAUAAAAACAAAUCUAUCAAUAAAAUCUAUUCAAACAAAUAAUAAAUCAUAUUCUCGUAUAAUUGAAUUAUUUCAUGGUCAGAUAUUAAUUGCAACAUGUAUAUGUAUUCUUUCAGUUGAUUUUUCAAGAUAUCCAGCGAUAUUCAUUGGAAUUUUUUUUAACAUUACGUUUUAUGAAAUUAAUUGGAUAUUAUUUAUUAAAGCUAAUAUCAUAUAUUUUCAAUUUAAUAAUUAUUUAAUAUUAUCAAAUAAUUUGCAACAAAAUUUUAUUGAUGUUAAUCGCGAAGGAAUAUUUUCAUUAGGUGAAUAUGUUUGUUUAUAUUUAAUUGGAAUUUCUAUUGGAAAAUUUAUAAUUAAUAAUAAAUAUAAACAAAUGGGAAUUAUAGUUUUUAUUCUCAUGAUUAUAUUAUGUACGAUUAGUUAUAAUCCAUCAAGAAAAUGA